UGACUCUUUCGUUCUUAUAAUACCUUCGAAAAUGUUGACGGCUUGCGCCUUACUCGACCUCCCUCUGGAUGUCUUCAUUCUAGUCUGGGAUCUCCUACCCCUUUAUGCUCAAGUGAGUCUGGCUUUGACCUGCCGUCCUCUAUAUACAACAUACGGUCCCGCCGCGUUGUCGCAACUAAAGGAGACGAACGAGUCAAGUCUGGCACAGAAAAUGUAUUUUCUACGCCGUUUGAAGAAAGAUGUCAAUGAUGGCUCCCUCGUGAUAUGUGGUGGCUGCAUGAAGCUACACUCCGUACAGCUUGACGAAUCCGACGGUGUUUAUUCUACCAACGGAAUCAAAGCAGCAGAUCGUGUGGCGCGAAUAGCUGGUAUUCCUCAUUGCAACUCUUCUUUUGCUAGAGCACUUCGGGAUGUCCAGGCCCGGCUCCAGGACGAACGCGACCUAGGACCAUCAUAUUUCUCAGGGAAACACAAAUCCUUCACGGAAAUUCGCUAUCAAAUUACGGUUGAUGUUGGACGAGAGGGUCUUUAUAUGCUCACGCAAUACGAUAUUCAAAAGAAUACACCAGGAAAAUCACAUCGGCUCUCCGAAAUUAGAGGACCAGGAUUCAUAGCAGACGUGGCAGAACUAUAUCGCACAACCAACAUGGACCUCUGCCCCCACCUUUGGUUCGGGGACGACUUUACCCCUGGUGAUGGAACAAUGAACGAUCAGCUUGAAUGCUGCAUUGAUGAUUUUUAUCGAUCGUGGCCCAGGGAACGUGACAGACAGCCUUCAUACACAGGGAAGAGCUUCGUAGAGUUCUACUGCGAAAUAUGUCACGUUGAUAUCAAAACGAAACACUGGACAACAAGUAGUCUGACCCUUUGGGUCUGGCAAUACUUUGACUUUCACCGACUGGAAGCGUCGGAAAGGCCUGCGAGAACUACAAUACCCCAGCACAACUCCAUAUUACUUGAACCUGAAAGCAAUACAAGUACACGUCAAAAAAACCAUGCGUGGGACCGAAUGUUAUCAUGGUGGCGCAGAAGGACUUCUUGAGGAUAGGCGGCGAUUCCACACGAGAUCUAUCAGUGAGCAUUCAGACAUGUUUAGAGUGUGAUAUGUUAAUAGUCCCAUUCCAUAUACCCG